GCCCGGUGACUGUACCUUGGUGCAGUUCGCUAACCGCUUUGCUUUCGCCAUGCAGAUGGUCGCCUAUCACAUCUACAACCUGCUGCUGCCUGUUCUGGCAUGCGCAUCCUCGAGUGCGUCGUCAGUGCAGGCUUCCCCUUGUCACGAAGACGGAGCGGCCACGUGCAAUCCUUUGCCUGGUUCCCACAUAUCGCCAUCUCCAUCUGCCUCACCGUUUGAAUGCCACCUACCGGUCCUGGAGCGAACUUGGAAAGAUUCAUCGCCAUCGACAGCCCUACCAGCUAUAAAGCAACAACCACCGUCGACGCAGCUCUGUGGGCCCGGUGACUGUACCUUGGUGCAGUUCGCUAACCGCUUUGCUUUCGCCAUGCAGGUUAGUCAAACAUAUGCACUUUUUGCUAAAAAAUCAAGCAAUUAUCUUCUGGUACAGCUCCCGAGCCCACGGUGCUGCGUCGCGAUUGCCACUGAGUGCAUUCAUGUCAUCCGUCUGCUACUAAUCAUAUCUGGUGACGUCGAGACUAACCCUGGUCCUGCCAGCCUUGACACUGUACUGGCCGAAUUGCAGAAACUAACCGCAGGCCAAACAACACUUGUGCAGGAGCUAAAGAGCCUGAAACUGCAGCUGACCACCACAGACAAAACAAUCAGUGACCUGAAUAAGCGCAUGACCGACUUAGAGGCCCAUUAUCAGGCUCUCAUGCCUCUACGCCAAGACAUAAAAAUACUGCAGACAACAUCAACUGAAACAACUCGCCUAGUCACAGCGUUAGAGGCCCGUUUCGACAACGCCGAAAACCGAUCUCGCCGCAAUAACCUGAUCUUCCACGGAAUUACUGACCCCACUACAAAUGAAACAUUUACUAAGUCUGAAGAAUUAAUAAUCCAGAUCUGCCGUGAUCACUUACAAACCGACAUCAACCCCACAGAUAUAGAACGGGCACAUCGCUUAGGAAAACACACCAAAGAUCGAAAUCGUCCUAUAAUAGUAAAAUUCGCACAUUGGAAAACGAAAGACGCCCUUCUGUCAAAAGGCCGAAUGCUGAAAGGAACUAAUUAUAGUGUAGGUGAAGAUUUCUCUCGCCUGACUCAGAAAGCACGGAAGGCCCUUUUGCAUUUCGCCAAAUCUAAAUCACUUGCAUACUCUCUACGCUAUAAAACUUUAUACAUUGGUCCUAAACGAUAUGUUUUUGAUGAAUCAUCUAACUCUGUAAAAGAAAUUCUGUAGCAAUCAUCCCGUCCUCUACAAAAAAAGAAUCAACCAGAACUUGCACCUAGAAAACAUCUUUCGUUUUCCGCAGUAUUUACUAACGCACGUAGUUAUCUCCCGAAGCGCGAGCUUAUAUCUAACAUCGUAUCAUCAACAGGCAGCAACUUGCUCAUUCUAACAGAAACCUGGCUACACAAUGACGUCACUGAUACCGAAGUUUUGGCCGAGCUACCCGACUUCCAGGUUUAUCGAACUGACCGCGUAGGCACAAGGGGCGGUGGCGUUCUUGUAGCAGUUCACCGGCAACUUUUGUGUUCAUUUAUUAACAUUGCAUCAAAACUCGAAAUACUAUGGCUACUAUAUCGCACAUCACCACUUACAGUGCUGCUGGGGGUUUGCUACAGGCCUCCACAUGCCACUCCUGAAUUCUGUGGGGAGCUCAAUAACAAUUUAAUACAACUAACGACCAUCUACCCUAAUGCCUCCAUCUUACUUUUCGGGGACUUUAAUUUCCCAAACAUAGACUGGAGCAACUUAACAUAUUCUUCAAUAGUAGGUCCCCCAGAGACAAGGAAUUUCAUUGACAUUUGUUUGAACUUUAACCUCACACAAUUAGUUUUGGAGCCAACGCGUGUCACACCAGAAUCCGCAACCAUUCUGGACCUCAUCCUGACUAAUGAUCCCAGUACCCUCUCAUCAAUUACACACCUUCGAGGAAUUAGUGACCAUAAAGUCAUUCAUGCUACUUUCUCUUUUCCUGUAACACCAAAUAAGACACAUAAGAAAACUAUAAGGCUUUACGAAAAGGGUGACUAUGACGCAAUUAACCGCGAACUUGAGACCUUCUUCCCCACGUUUGAAGCCGCAUAUCGCAAUCGGUCAAUAUUCCAUAACUGGUCGAUGUUUAAGGAUAAGCUAACAGAUUUGGCUAACAAAUAUAUUCCUAAAGUUCACAUUCGCCCCAAUAAUCAAAAACCUUGGUUUACUAACGCCUUAAAAAAACUAGAAAAUAAAAAGAAACGUCUUUACCGAGUGGCUACAAAUAACGGGAACUCGCUUCGAUGGGAAAUGUACUACAAAGCUGAAAGCGAAUAUCUGAUUGCGAUCCGCAGCGCAAAGCGUUCAUUUUAUGGCACUACACUCCCAAAUUUACUGCGCACUAACCCAAGGCAAUUUUGGCAAGUAAUAAAUCCUCAUCCUGUUCACACUAUUUCGCUCACAAAUGACACACACGAGACAAUUACCGAUACUGAAUGCGCUGACACUUUUAAUUCCGCAUUUGCAACAGUAUUUACGAAAGAAAUCGAAACAAACAUUUCUUUACCUUUGUACAACAUUGAAGGUCACAUGCCAUGCAUCACAUUUUCUGCUGACGGAAUUUCGUCCAUAAUCCAGAAGACUAAGCUAUCAUCGUCAUUUGGCAUUGAUGAAAUUAACUCUAAACUUCUAAGAAACACAAGACACAUGGCUGCAUCAUACUUAUCCUUACUGUUCUCACAGUCACUUUCUUCAGGAAACAUGCCGGGUGAUUGGAAAGUGGGAAGGGUCAUUCCAGUCUACAAAACCGGUAACAGGAAUUCCCCAUUAAAUUAUCGACCCAUCUCACUAACAAGCGUGCCGUGCAAAAUCAUGGAAC